AUGCCACUUUCAGACGAACAAAAACAAAUUCUUAAAACAACAUCACCAAUUUUCAAGGAAAAUGGAAAAGAAAUCACAUCAAUUAUCUAUAAACAUAUGUUCGCAGCACAUCCUGAAUUAUUGAAUAUAUUCAAUCGGACAAAUCAAAAAAAUGGUACACAACCAUUCGCAUUGGCAAAUACAGUGUAUCUUGCUAUUGAGAACAUCGAUCAUUUAGAUACACUCUUGCCGCAGAUUUUACUUAUCUCUCAUAAACAUCGGGCGUCUACAGUUCAACCAGAACACUAUCCUAUAGUUGGCAAAUAUCUUAUUAUUGCAAUCGACGAAUUCUUAGGUGGCAUGGGUGAUCCUAGUAUUUUGAGUGCAUGGUCAGCUGCCUACAAUAUAAUUGCGUCUAUUUUCAUCAAUAUAGAAAAGAAAAUGUACAGUGAGCUCGGCGAUAAAACUGAACAGGGCUUUAUUCCAUUUAGUAUAAUCAAGAAAGAAACAAUUGCCAUUGGACCAACUGUUUCUUUUACAUUGGAACGUCGCGAUGGUGGGAAAAUCCAUGAUUAUCAUGCAGGGCAAUAUAUUACACUUCGUAUCAAAAAAGAUGGCCUUUAUCACAUUCGCCACUAUAGUCUGAUUGAACCAUUCGAUGGCAAAACAUAUAGUAUUGCUGUUAAACAAGAAAAAGAUCAUGAACCCAAAGGAAUUGUUUCUACUGAACUUAUUGAAAAAUAUAAAGAAGGUGAUCUUGUAACAUUAAGUUUACCAGCUGGCACUUAUGCUUUAAUAAAAGAUGCAAAACAUCAUUUAUUUAUUGCUGGUGGCAUUGGUAUCAGCGUUUUCUCAGCAAUGAUACUAGAAUUACAUAAACAAGGUAAAUCAGAUAUUACAACAUUGAUUCAUUGUGUACCUACAGAAGAGCAAGCUGCUUUUACCGAUGAGAUGCGUAUAGUUUUGCCUAAAAAGCAAUAUCAUUUAUUACUUCAAGGUAAGCGUCUUUUACAAGAAACCAUAGCGAAAACUAUAAUGGCUAAGACACAAGUUUAUCUAUGCGGCUCGCCUACGUUUAUGAAUAAGGUGGAAGAAUAUUUGGCUCAAUGUGGACAUCCACCUUCUCAAAUUCAUAUAGAAGCUUUUCAACCAUCACUCAGCUUGCUAAAAGACGUUGUCAAAAACCAAUCGUGCACAAAAACAUUAUAA